AUGCCAGCUGAACAAGCCAACGCCUACCGCUCCUCCAACGAGAACUAUCCGGACAAGGUGGCGCUGGUGAACACGCUGGCGGUGACGGACACGUCACUUGCAACGGUUGCUCGUCUGGCACGUGAGGCGGCGAUGGAAGGCGAUGGAAGCACGUUCUGGAAGCUUCACUCUCUGCAUGUCGAAGGGAGCAAGGUCUCUGAUGUCGGUCUUAAUCUCCUUGCUCGUGCACCGCUUCCUGUCCUCUCUGAGCUCUCCAUCGCUUGGGCAUCGCGGGUCACCGACAAGGGCAUCUCCUCGCUGGUCAGCUGGGAGCCAAAGCCGGACAAGCUGACAUCACUCUCGCUCGCUGGCUGCACCAAGAUCACCGAUGCGGGCCUCAUUGACGUUGUUGACGCCUUUCCCAACCUCACGGCUCUUGAUCUUACCGCAUGCCGCAACAUCACAGACUCUGGCCUCUCGGCGCUCGCUGCUCGCGGCGCUGUCCGUCUCCGUCGCCUUGUUCUCCGUGGCUGCGCGAGCGUGUCGGACGAGAGCGUAUGCAACGUCAUUCGCGCCGCCGGGUCACUCACCAAGCUCGAUCUCCACGGUUGCCGUAAGAUAUCCGAUGCUGUCGCCACCGCGCUCAAGUCGUACACGCCGCGUUUGGGCGAGCUGGUCCUCGACGGCUGCGUCCGCCUCACCGACGCCACCCCUGCAGCGCUGGCGGCUGACUGCCCUCGACUGACGGCGCUAGAUCUCUCUGGCCUGCGCCAUCUGACCGAUGCCGGCCUGGCCUCGUUGGCCGGCAAGACCAAGGCGCUGGCGCAGCUCUCGCUCCGAUGGUGCCCGGGAGUGACCGACGACGGCCUUUCCGCGCUCGUCCGUGCCAGCCCCAAGCUGACCUCGCUCCACAUCCCGGGCUGCACGCGGGUCGGCGACGCGACGCUAUGUGCGUUAGGCUCGGCGGCGCCGCGGCUACAGCAUCUGGACGUCCAGAGGUGCGAAGGCGCGACCGACGCCGGCCUCGCCGCGGUGGCCGCCGGCUGCCCAGACCUGGCCUCGGUCUCGAUAGCCGAGUGCCAGAUCGGGCCCGAGGGCCUCGCCGCGCUUGCCCGCGAAGUGAGCAAACUGAGGUCGCUGACCAUUGUCGGGUGCACUGCUGCGACCGACGACGCGGUCGUGGCGCUUGUCGCGGCGUCGCCGGGCCUCGUCGAGCUCGAUGUCUCCAAGUGUCCGGCGCUCACCGACGAGGUUGUCGAUGCCGUCGCCGGAUCCUGCCACCUGCUUGAGCGGCUCCGGCUCGCUGACUGCUUUGUCACUGACACGCCGCUAGCUGAUCUCGCUCGCAGCUGCACUGCACUGCGCACGCUCGAUCUCUCGCGGACCGCCAUCACCGGCGAUGGUCUGCUCGCCCUCGCCGGCCACCCUGCCCUCGCCGAGCUCCUCAUCACUGGCUGUGACCUGCUCGAUCCCGAUGAGCCCAAGGCCAAGCUCAUCAGCGAGUCGCCCAUCGACGGGUUCUGUGUUCUCGGACCGUAGCCCUUCUCAAAGCAAACAGAGACAGCCG